GGGUGACGUUGGAGCGCUCUGGGCAUGGGCAGGUGGAGGGAGCAGGCGAAGUUUGGCCGGCGGUAGCGGCGGAGGCAGCGGCGGGGUUGCGGGUGCCGCUGCCGGUGAGGGCUCGGGGGUAGCCGGGCAGGGGAGGGCAGGGCUGGGUCGGGUCUCUGCUCCCUCGCUCCUGCGUGGCACUCCCACUCGCGGCGCGGAGGGCGGGCGCGGCGCGGCCAUGGCCGAGGACCCCAGCGCGCUGCCCUGGUCUAUCAACAAGGAUGACUACGAGCUGCAGGAGGUCAUCGGGAGUGGGGCGACUGCAGUGGUGCAGGCAGCUUUCUGUGCUCCGAAGAAGGAGAAGGUGGCAAUUAAAAGGAUCAAUCUUGAGAAGUGUCAGACAAGCAUGGAUGAACUCUUGAAAGAAAUUCAAGCCAUGAGUCAGUGCCAUCACCCCAACAUUGUAUCUUACUACACAUCAUUUGUGGUGAAAGAUGAGCUUUGGCUGGUGAUGAAGUUACUUAGUGGAGGCUCUGUUUUGGAUAUUAUAAAGCACAUUGUGGCCAAAGGAGAGCACAAGACUGGUGUCCUGGAUGAACCUUGUAUAGCCACAAUCCUUAAGGAGGUGCUGGAAGGGCUGGACUACCUGCAUAAAAAUGGACAAAUCCACAGGGAUGUGAAAGCAGGAAAUAUUCUUCUAGGAGAAGAUGGCUCAGUGCAAAUUGCAGACUUCGGUGUUAGCGCAUUUCUGGCCACUGGUGGUGACAUUACCAGGAAUAAAGUCAGGAAAACUUUUGUGGGCACACCUUGCUGGAUGGCACCAGAAGUUAUGGAACAGGUCAGGGGAUAUGAUUUCAAGGCAGACAUCUGGAGUUUUGGGAUCACUGCUAUUGAACUGGCUACAGGGGCAGCUCCUUACCAUAAAUAUCCCCCGAUGAAGGUUUUAAUGCUGACACUACAAAAUGAUCCCCCAUCUUUGGAAACUGGUGUGCAAGAUAAGGAGAUGCUGAAGAAGUAUGGGAAAUCAUUUAGGAAGAUGAUUUCAUCGUGCCUACAAAAAGACCCCGAAAAAAGACCAACAGCUGCAGAACUUUUAAGACACAAAUUUUUCACGAAAGCAAAGAAUAAAGAAUUUUUGCAAGAGAAGAUGUUGCAGAGAGCACCAACAAUCACUGAAAGAUCCAAAAAGGUCCGAAGAGUCCCAGGUUCCAGUGGACGUCUUCACAAGACUGAAGAUGGUGGCUGGGAAUGGAGUGAUGAUGAACUAGAUGAAGAAAGUGAGGAAGGCAGAGCAGCAAUUUCACAGCUCAGGUCUCCUAGAGUGAAAGAACCUGUACAGAAUUCCGAGCUAUUCCCAUCAACUGAGCCUACAGGUCCUUCACUCAAUGCUCCAGCACAGGCACCUACUCAACUACCUCAGGCUGCAGGACAGGUACCUGCACAACCUCAACCUGCUGUACCUCCACCUAGUCAGGCUCCUCCAGCAGCCCCAGCAGCAGCCCAGGCCCCACCUGCCCCUACUGCAGCUCCGGUACAGGAAGAUACAAAAGUCCCUAUCAGCCUUGUACUAAGGUUAAGGAAUUCAAAAAAAGAGCUCAAUGAUAUUCGAUUUGAAUUUACCCCAGGGAGAGAUACUGCUGAUGGUGUGUCUCAAGAACUCAUUUCAGCAGGUCUUGUUGAUGGCAGGGAUCUGGUAAUAGUUGCAGCUAAUUUGCAGAAAAUUGUGGAAGAGCCCCAAGCAAACAGAUCCGUCACUUUCAAACUGGCAUCUGGUGUUGAAGGCUCAGAUAUUCCUGACGAUGGCAAACUGAUAGGAUUUGCACAGCUCAGCAUCAGCUAAACAAUGGUCCCAGGAGAUGUUUCCCAACUGAGAACCCACAUGUGCAUAUUCGUAAUGCUUCUGUUAGCCUAAAAAACAAAACAACAAAACAAAACAACCACUACUGCCAAAGAAUUGAACUACAGCCCCCUUCCUAGAAGCUUUAACAUUUUCCUUCAUAGGAUCACAAACCUUCCUGAAGUUACCGAUGGCGUUUACACCUUUUGUAAACAACUCUCAUGUUUUUGUAUCUGUCAUCUCAAACAUGCAGAUCCAACACAUCAUUGCCUGCAUGUUCAUUUUAUUAUUGCCUUACUUUAAAGAAAAAUACUACUGAGUACGAAGCAGGGGGUUCCACUGCUCUGAUGAUCUUGCCUAAAUGUUUGCUUACAUGUGGUUUCAUUUUUUUUUUUCACUUGCUAUUUUUGCACAAGUUUUAAUACUGAACAGAUCUUUUUUUGUUCUUCACCUGCUUCUCCUUCUAUCUGAAACACCCAUGUACAUGUUGUUUGGGUCACCUGGAGUGCUGAGAAAUCUGCUUCUCCUUCAGCUGUGUUUUUUAAAACUGCUGGUUUGAAUGCUUGCACCUGAGAAAGCAAGCAAAGUCUUAACCCAUGGGAGGGAGAGCUGCCUUCCCUUGUGUUUGUGUUUUUGACAAGUUCCUUCACUUUGAAGUGUUAGAAGUCAGCUUCCCUUUGUAAACUGCCUUAAUUUUUUUUUUUUCUUUUUUAAAAACUAUUUUGGUUCUCUCCACAUGAGUGCCAGGCCUGGCAUGAGGGCUGAACCUUUUUAAUUUCCACGAGACAGUCCUUCCUCAAAAAUGUCUUUCAUUCUGCAUCUUAGAUGUAGUCUGGUUCUUGAAGCAGACCACUGAGGCUUUGCUGCCUGGAAACUGAUGAUCACCAGAACCUUCAUGGUCAGAGGGAAAGAGAAGAGAUCUGUGUCACUCUGCGGUCAGACAAGAUGCACUUCAAACUGUUCCUGAACCCCAGUCUGUUCUGCCUGGCUGCCUGAGUCCUCCCGACCUCUUUCCCAGUCCUUUGCAACCUGGUACCCCUGGAACCAUCCCUGUCGUGUUCUACAGCAAUAAAGAAUCACCAGUAGAGUGGUGGUACCGGGCAGGUGAGCGCCGGGCCGGGUCCCUCCUGCACUGAUCACUUGGGUCGGUCCAAGCCUCGACGUUUGAUCAGGAUGUCACUGCAAGCCUGUCACACACCUCCCCAGCUUUCGUUUCUAUGUGGUGUUGAGUUUGAGUUUCUACAUGAAUAAUAUAAAUUAUACUCUGCGUUUGGUAAGAGACACUCGUAAUGCAAUAUGUGAAUAAUAAAUGGUGUUGAUUUUUUGGUUUUUCUUUUUUUUUUUCUUUUUUUUCUCUCCCCUGCUGUUUCACAGUUGGCCUUUGUAACUGCUAUUGGCUCUGGAGUGUUUUCUACACAGAAAUUGUAAGCCUGUAAUUUAACACACAGAUGGAAACGUGUUUGGUUUCCAUCAGCCACAAACAAUGCAGAAACAGAGUGUUAAAGCAGAAUAACUGGGUUCAAUUAGGACUUUUUUUUUUUUCAUUUCCAAGUCUCCAGAUGAACAAUCUGUAUUUAUAUUUUGAUCAUUAUGAGCAGCUGUGGAAGCUUCCUGAGUUGUGCAUAUUCUUUUGAUACCACCCUUGUUGCUUUCAGCCUCUAGGUGGAUAUUGGAUGUGUCCCCAUGGGUGGUGAGUGUGAAGGAGAGGGAGAAGAGAGAAUUUUGGAGCAAGAGCAUCCCAGGGUGCUGAACAGACACUCAGGAGCCCAGGAAGCAGGUGCCCAAUACCAGGGAGUUGGUGGUGGCUGGGUUUGGCCAAAUGUGUUCAUGCCAUGUGCAUGUGGCACCUCUGGCACUUUCUCCUGUUGUCUGACACAAAGUGCUCCCUGUGGCUUCCCCCCCCUGAGCUUCUUGGCUUGGGAAGAGCUAAAUGCCACCUCAGUUUUCAUGUCACCCUGUGGUCACUAGAGAUAUACUGGACACCCUUUAGCAUACAGUGACAAGGUACUCUUGGUACAGUAUUUUCCCUCUGCCUGCAUGCUGUGGGGAUCUCCUUGUUCAUUUGUGCACUGGUGCUGAGAAAGAUAGGACUCAAACUGCUCAAAUGGGACAAUGCAACAUCUAUUUAUUAAGUUAUUCCCCACCUUCCCAAAGCCAGGACUUGGAGAGCUUAAGCUCGCACUGAUCCAAGGCUCCUUAGUUCCUUAGUGGAGAAAACAAGUAAGGAAGAAACUGUUUUUUGCUCUGUAGAUCUCCAGAUGUUUUGGGUAGGGAUCCAAAAUAUUUACUUGGGCUAUUACAGUGCUAGAAAACUGUCUUUUCAGAUGUUGUUCCAGUAAGUGCCAAUGCUGUUCAUAAUUGUUUCCCAGUGUCAUGAAGAAUUUGGUUUCUGUGCAAAUUUCUCAUCUGAACCUGAAGCAGGUGGUAAUUUUUAGUUCCUACUUUUAAGGACAAUACUCUGUUAAUGAAAACGGAUCCUCUUCACAACUUUGGUGUAUUGUAGAUUAUAAUGAAAGAUGUAAAAUAUUCAGGCUUUUUUUCCUUUUUUGGACUUUGUAUUUUACUGCAUGUCUCUAAUUUUUAAUCAAUAAAGAACAAAUUGUCCAUUA